AUGGAUCUAAGUUUGGUACUCUUAACUCUUGUAAACUACAAGGGAAAAUUAGCUGGAGAGGACGAGUUAUACAUUGUUGGAGUGGUUGGUGGUACUGAUGAAGUUGUCUUGUGGCCGGAAUCUGUAAAUCCGUUGUAUGUUUACUACUACAGCAUGGAGAGGAAUACUUUCAGAAGAGUUGAAAUCAAAGGAAUGGACGCGGUUAGUGACUAUAGAGAGGACAUGAUUCUAGACUAUGUAGAGGACGUGAAGCUUAUGGAACAUGUUUAG